AUGCCGCCGCCGCCGCCCUGCGCUGUCGGCGCCGUCGCCCGUGACCGCGUCCGUGGAGAGGGAGAAAUGGACCAUAAAAUCCUGUGGGGCACAACACUCACUACCAUCCCCGAGGAACAUUUUCAGGCUGCCCGUAAGUCUGCACCCACAACUGGAGGAGUAAAGAAGCCUCACCGUUACCGCCCUGGAACUGUUGCUCUUCGUGAAAUCCGCAAGUAUCAGAAGAGCACUGAGCUGCUCAUAAGGAAGCUUCCAUUCCAGAGGCUUGUCAGGGAGAUUGCCCAGGAUUUCAAGACUGAUCUGCGUUUCCAGAGCCAUGCAGUCCUUGCGCUGCAGGAGGCUGCGGAAGCAUACCUGGUGGGUCUGUUCGAGGACACAAACCUGUGCGCCAUCCAUGCCAAGCGCGUGACCAUCAUGCCCAAGGACAUUCAGCUGGCAAGGAGGAUCCGUGGCGAGAGGGCUUAG